AUGCAACAACAACAAAAGCCGGGAAAGCUCCAUGGCCAAGGAUUGCAGCCCCACCAAGCCCAAGCAGUCACUGUCUUACGCAGUGGAAAAGUGGUGGACAACAAAGUGGAAGCUCCUGUGGAAGAACCCCCCAAGGAAGCCCGCAUGGAGGAGCAAGAAAAGGAGCCACUGCAGCCAAGAGAGGAGGAGAAAGAGAAGGAGUCAGAAGUGAAGCUCCACAAGGCCGCCAAGCCAUAUAAACCGCCGGUUCCUUACCCGAGCCGGCUGAAGAAUGAGAAGCUGGACCAGCAAUUCACUGACUUCUACAACAUGUUAGCAAAGGUGAAUGUGAACUUACCUUUGCUGGAUGUGAUCAGGAACGUCCCAACAUACUUGAAGUUCUUCAAGGAGUUGGCUUCUAAGAAAAGGAGGUUCGAGGACAACGAGAAGAUUUUGGUGUCCGAGGUUGCAAACUCCAUAAUGCAACAGCCCUUACCGACCAAGCAACGAGACCCAAGUAGUUUUGUGAUUAAUAUUGCCUUGGGAAAUGGUAAGGAGGCCUCGGGGAUGUUAGAUUUGGGGGCUGGAAUCAAUUUAAUGCCUUAG